GAGCGGGGAUAGACUGUGGACUUAACAGGACUCGUUGACGCCCUUAUGAAUAAUCAUACUACAUCACCAUCUGGUCAGUUACUAAUGUUUUCAAGGUUGUGAAAGAGAUUUAGUCACUUUGGACAGAAUUAAAAUUACUCAAUGCUAACUUUUUCCAACUGGACACAAGCAGACGUUUUCCACCAUUUAACUCUUGUUCACUGAAACGAUGAAAGACCAUAAAACAGCUUAGUGAGGCUGGUGACUAUAGGCUCUCUGCUCAGCUCUUGGCUAAUUGGUAGUGGAACUGACCCAGGAAGUGAGUAAUAUGGAUUUAGAUGCUGUUACCAAAUACUCAGCAUUACAUGUCAAGCCCAAUGGACUCAUUCUUCAAUAUGGGACUGCUGGAUUCCGAGCAAAAGCAGAACAUCUUGAUCAUGUCAUGUUUCGAAUGGGAUUAUUAGCUGUCCUGAGGUCAAAACAGACAAAAUCUACAGUAGGGGUUAUGGUAACGGCAUCGCAUAAUCCUGAGGAAGACAAUGGUGUAAAAUUGGUUGAUCUUUUGGGUGAAAUGUUGGUACCAUCCUGGGAGGAACAUGCUACCUGUUUGACAAACGCUGAGCAACAAAAUAUGCUGAGAGUGUUGAUGGACAUCAGUGAGAAAGAAGCUGUGAAUCUGCAACAAGAUGCCUUCGUAGUGAUUGGUAGAGAUACCAGGCCCAGCAGUGAGAAAUUUUCCCAGUCUGUAAUAGAUGGCGUGACUGCUCUUGGAGGUCAAUUCCAUGAUUAUGGCUUGUUAACAACGCCCCAACUGCACUACAUGGUGUGCUGUCGAAACACCAGUGGCCAGUAUGGAAAGGCAACCAUAGAAGGCUAUUACCAGAAGCUCUCUCAGGCCUUCAUGGAACUUACCAAACAGGCUUCCUGUAGUGGAGAUGAACGUAGAUCCCUUCAGGUGGACUGUGCCAAUGGCAUAGGGGCCCUGAAGUUAAGGGAAAUGGAGCGCUACUUCUCCCAGGGGCUGUCAGUGCAACUUUUUAAUGAUGGAACCAAAGGGAAACUCAAUCUUCUGUGUGGGGCCGACUUUGUGAAAAGUCAACAGAAACCUCCACAGGGAAUGGAAAUGAAAUGCAAUGAGAGAUGCUGUUCCUUUGAUGGAGAUGCUGACAGAAUUGUUUAUUACUACCAUGAUGCUGAUGGUCAUUUUCAUCUCAUAGAUGGAGAUAAAAUAGCAACACUAAUUAGCAGUUUCCUUAAAGAGCUCCUCUCGGAGAUUGGAGAAAAUCUGAAUAUUGGUGUUAUACAAACUGCAUAUGCAAAUGGAAGUUCAACAAAGUAUCUUGAAGAAGUUAUGAAGGUACCUGUCUAUUGUACUAAAACUGGUGUAAAACAUUUGCACCACAAGGCUCAAGAAUUUGACAUUGGGGUUUAUUUUGAAGCAAAUGGGCAUGGCACGGUACUAUUUAGUAAAGCUGCUGAAACAAAGAUAAGACAACUAGCAAAAGACCUAGAAGAUAAUAAAAGAAAAGCUGCUAGGAUGCUUGAAAACAUCAUUGACUUGAUUAACCAGGCAACUGGUGAUGCUAUUUCUGACAUGCUGGUGAUUGAGGCAAUCUUGGCUCUAAAGGGACUGACCGUACAACAGUGGGAUGCACUCUACACGGAUCUUCCAAACAGACAGCUCAAAGUUAAGGUUGCAGACAGGCAAGUUAUUAGCACCACUGAUGCUGAGAGACGAGCAGUUACACCCCCGGGACUACAGGAGGUAAUAAAUGACCUGGUGAAGAAGUACAGGCUUUCUCGAGCUUUUGUUCGACCAUCUGGGACAGAAGAUAUAGUCCGAGUAUAUGCAGAAGCAGACUCCCAAGAAAGUGCGGAUAGCCUUGCACAUGAAGUGAGCUUGGCAGUAUUUCAGCUGGCUGGAGGAAUUGGAGAAAGACCCUCACCAGGUUUCUGAAGACAAGUGAAAUUUUUUUUUAGUGGUUUUUAGAGUAACAGUACUGUCCUUGUUGUGUCUGGUCCAAACAUAUUUCUAAUGUUUACAGUCAGUGACUUUACUGGAUUGUUCUGAUUGUUUUUCUUAAACACUACCAGAAUAAUUCUUUAGAAAUAGGUACGUCUUACACUUGUUAAAUUCAGUUUUUUAAAAUGAAACUUACCUCAAUUUCAGUCUCCCUAAUGUUAGAUAUUGGGGCUUAAAUAUGAUUCAGUCAUUGAUUUUUGUAUGCGGGGGAAAAAAAUGCAUAAGGAUUGCUGAAAAAUUAAAUCUUAUUUAUUACCAAUUCCCUUUGUCUAUUCCAUUGCCAUUACCUAACCAGGACGUUGUCUUGCCGUAUUCCCUCACUGUUACUACAAGUAGAGGAGGAAGAGACUACAUAGCACCUUUUUUUCCAGAGCAGAAUCUUCAACUUUUGAAUAACUUACCUCUUCAAUGAAUAUUAGAAAUUCAGAAGUGCAAAUGUGGAGGCUGUGUUGAGAUGCCAGGCUUUAAUUCUAUACUCCUUAGUGAAGGUAAAUGGAAGAAAGCUAGUUGUAAUAGCUUACCAAGCCUCUGACAGAAGUGAUGCCAUUCUGAUGUUAGAGUAACAGAAAAAGCAUCCCCAAUCUAAAUUAAAGCCUGAAACCAUUAGAAAAAAGGUGCAGUGUGUAUUUAGCAGAUUUAAGACAACUGAGGACAAUGAAACAAUGGACUGUAUAUAUGUAUAUAUAGAUCUUUCUUAGGCACCAUAAUCAAUGAGAGCCAACAAUAUUUAAACUUGAUUCAGGCCACAUUCAGACAUUUGGUCUUAUUUACAAAUAUUUAAAUUAAGUACAACCUGAAACAUUUUGUUACAUACAAAAAAAAAAAAAAAAAAAACUAUACUCAGAGCAAUGUUUGUUUUAAAUAAUUACAUUUACAUUUAAGCUAAAUGGAUAGAUACCACUUGUGGUGCUCAAGUUUUUAUCACCCCUUCCAGAAAAUCUUUUUCUACCAUCUCUUCUAUUUUUUGCCUGGCUUUGCUGGAAAAUGGUUUUUGGUUUUCCAGUUUCAUGUCCUUAUUAGGGAAGGUGUUUGAGUAGAGGAUGGGGCUCCCUGAGUGUCCUGCACAUCGGCUGGUGACUUUGCUGUUGAAGACUUGGCUGAGCACAUUGAAGAAUGGCAGGAGUUGCUCGAUACUGCGUACGGUGCAGAUGGUGAGCAGCAAGUGCCCUGGUUCCCAAUCCAAUGUUCUCCCUGAGUUGUCUUCCUCUGGGUUUUUCUGUAGGAGACAAAAAGGGAAUUGUAAUUAAUAGAUGAUGUUGUACAUGAGAAAACUUUAAAAGAUCAAUGUCAGCAGAGUUAGGAAAUGAAUAUAAAGGAUGACAUUAAGUCUUUAUUUCAGACUUGAUUAAAACUCUUGUUUCUGAGGCCUUUUAGUGCCAACUAGUAACUAUAAGGGUCUAACACUAAAGUAGUAUUUUCCACCUAGAAUGCAUAAGUAAACUGAGCAGAGUCAAAUAUAAAAGUUUAUGUUGUGCUUUGUAUAUACUCAAAAAGCUCCCAGAUUCCUGGACUCAAUUACAGUUCCCUUUUAUUUUUUUAAAGAUUUAUUUUUAUUUAUACAAGUACUGGGGUACAGUCAGAGGCGCAGGAGGGUGAGAGAAUUCACCAGAGACAGUGGGGAGCAGAACAGUCAGACAGAGAGAAGAUACUGCUGAGGGGAACAGCUUGCGAGGCAGGAGAGGUCUGCCCCACCAUAUGGGUUUCUCCCUGGCCAGCCAGGAAUUGAACCCGCGGCUGCAGAGGCUGCAGACAACUUCAUAGCGCAGCGCUCAACCCGCUGCGCCACUGGGGAGGCCCCAGUUCCCUUUUAAUGUUAAGCUUUAGGCUUAAACUUGCCAUAAGAUGGUAAGCAGGGUCCACAGUGAAUAAUUACUGUAAGCACUGCAGCACUAAGAAAGAAAAUGAUCCCUCAGGAGAGACACUGCUAUCUGCUUUGAUGAUGUGAAAACAACAUGGGGAGAGAAGCUGGGCCUACAGUCAACUGGCUCUUCAAUUAACCUACUAUGUGGCAUCCUUGGGUAAGAUACAGGAAGGUUCUUCACUUCCAAAAUAAAUACAAUCCACCUUGUCAUAGAAAAGUCCGAUGACAAUGUAUUUAAAAACCGUAAACUAAAUAAAAACAUAACAUAUACUAAGAGGCUAGUUUAACACAACUGAUUUAGAAAUACAGUUGUAAGAGAGUUAUGAGAACUAAAGAUGUUUGUGGACAGAAUCAGAUAUGAAAACAAUGAACUACAUAGAAAAUUGGGAAAAAAAUUUAGUUGGACCUAGGAAACAAUUACAACCUGCCAUAUUCAUUUACAAAUGGAAUUUGCCUUCUAAGUAAGAUCCGACAUUGUCAAGAAGCUUGUGUUGUUUACCAAAUAAUUUCCCAGUGGAGAAAGUACUAGCAAAAUCCAGCUUUUUUUUUUAAUUGUGUUCACAAGGUUUGCUUUUUUUAAAGUCCUGAUAAAGGAAAAUAGGUUUUAGUUAAAACAGAAGACUCUAGAAGCAAAAAAGAAAGUAGUUCUUUAUGACCCCAAAAAGAGGGGGAAACAAUUGUGAUCAUGUCUUAGGAAUUAGAGAUUUUAAGCCAUUUUUAUUGACAGUUUUGGGAUCAGCUUUCACAUCACUGGAACUGGUGGAGCAUACCACCUAAGUCAAACUGCAGUUCAAUAAUAAAAUGUACAGUGUAAGUUUAUUAUGAAGGAAAAUGAUUAAGAUACCUCAACUUCUUACAUAGUUUAUGCAAGAGAACUAAAGCAUAAUCUUUUUAUAAUCCGUUCAGGAUUUACCCUUGAGAAGGACUUUUACUAAAUUCUUGACCAAGAAGAGUGCAAUUAUUUUGGUGUUUCUGCUCUUUUAAUCAAAACUAUACCAUGUCAAACAUGUUUCUAUUAAAAUGAUUUACCCUUUCAUUUCACCAGUCUACACUUGAAAGGACUCCCUUCCUGUUUACCUCUGUUACACUUAUUGAAAUUCAGACCUGGUCUCGAUAUUUAGUCCAGAUGUGGCAACAUUUGUUGCCAUAUCACAAGCAUCAAAAAGCCACCCUCACCUGAUGCUUGGCCAUCUCCAAUCCCUCCAAAAUCACUGUCUUAAAGUCCUCCUCCUUGUCCUGUGGAAGGAAAGAGGAGAACUCAUUUGUUCCAGUGAAAAGUAUGCUUGGUCAUGAAGACCUUGUUUAAAGUGUUUUGCAUGGGAAAAUGUUUUCCAAUCAAAAUGAUUUCCUUAUUCUGUGGGGUAAUAGAAAGGUCUUAGAAAAACUCAUUUCUAAUGAGAUGCGGGGGAUGAGAGAAAGUACAUGUCUCUGGGUUCGUACACAAUUGCAUUGCUUCUGGAUUUGUUGAUUAUUUUUUCAAACUGUUAUACAUGAAAAUAGCCAAGUCCUAGUCUAAACUCUGGGCCCAACUUUCAUGUUCUCCUCUGUCCUUUUACAUAGUCUCUAAAAAAAACAAAACCUUGAUUUUAUACUCAGGUUCCUCAUAUCCUUCAAUUACUUCAUUCCAUUUCUAUAGUUUGUGGAAUGUAGUUUAGGAGCUGUUACCUGAUUAGGGAAUCCCAGAAGACUGGAAAAUUUCUGAGCACUCAAAGCACAUAUUGCAAGCUAGGAUUCACAAAACAACCCACAUUGUCCCAAAACUGUACAAUUUUUUGAAAUUUUUUGAAUGCAAAGAAAUAAGGAUUUGUAACAAAGCCCGGGGAGCAUGUCAAAUUUGUUAUUUGUCAGGCAAAUAUAUGUAGUUAAUUAGCCUGAUGCAUACUGAAAGAUAAAGUAUGAAAAAUGUGAUGAAAUGUAUUCUACAAAUUUUAUCAACACACUUAAUAAAAACUAAUUUUUAAAAAAAAUGCAGUACCUUUGCCCUUUUCCGAAGAAGUUUUGCUAGUCGUACUACAUAAGGUUUAAAUUCUCGUUGAUGUAUACCCUGCCGCCUGACUUCCAACCCAGAAUCAUCUGAGGCUUCUGGAAUAAAUGCCCAUCGGUACCUAUGUAUAAAAAAUGAAAUCAAUGUCAGUAAGAUAAACUAAGAAAAGGCCACAUCAUAAAAGAUCAUGCAAGACGCCAACAUUUAGGUUCAAAUGUCAGUUGUGCUGUUUGUAGUCCUGUUAUUUUGGUCGUAUUAGUAUGAGCCCUUCAUUAGUAAAUAAAUAUUAGCUACCUCAUGGGAUUAAAUGUGUAAAUGAAUAUGAAAUUUGCAACGUGCUCAUUUCUCUCGAGCACAAAGCAAGUACUCAACAAAUGUUUUUGUCUUCAUUCUUUAAUAGGCAAAGUCUCCAAUAUAUACUUGGCAAAAUGUUUCCUAACUAAACAGUAAGGGGGCAAGGAACUGAAAUUAUUUAAGGAAAUUUAAGAAUUCUUCCAUAUUUCUUUAUUUUUGACAAAACAUAUAUGGAAAAAAUUCAAACGCUAAAAGGACAUACAAAGAAAGGUAGUUUCCCUCCCACCAUAACAUUUACUAAUGUUGCCAGUUUUUUGCAUAUCCAUCCAGAGGGUACAAAUAAAAGAGCAACUCAUUUACACAACCAAUCCCCUCCUCUUUGGACCAAGAAAAAGAUGGCUGUUUUAAAUUAGGUAUUUUUGAGAUAACAGCUUUUUUUGUAGCUACAUAGUGGUGGAAAAUACAGAUUUAUUUAGUCUCCUAGACUGUCCAAUUUCUUGCUAUUAUAAAUAAUACUAUAUGGAUUGCUUAAUGCUGAUUUCUGUACACAGCUGAAUGUAUAGUGGUAAGACAAAUCCUCAGAUUUAUCGGAAUUACUGGUUUAAAGAGAUCCUUGUACUUUGAACUUUGUUAAAUAUAACUGCUUUGGAGAACGAUUGAACAAUAUCAAAGUACACUUCCUGUAAGAUUACUUCUGUUAUAUAGGGUAAAAAAGGAAAUACAGUUUUAGAUAUUUACCAUUCUGAUGGUCACCUAUAAUUUUAAUUAGUUUUACUCAUCAAUAUGGCUGAUCACCUUAUCCUGUUUAAAAUGCUUCUCUUUUCUAUGAAGUAGCAACUCUCUCAUUGGUGCAUUUUUCUAU